GCGAACGCGACCUGUUUUCGGCUCGGCGGCUGGCAGCGCGCGUAAUCUUGACCGCGCUCGAACGUCACUGCUGGAUCUUCGGUAGGGCUGUGGACUCUGUGUCAUCCUGCAGGGGAGUCAAAGACAGUCAUCCGCGCCGGACUGACACAGCCUCGCUCGCGCACGGCGCGCACCCGCGGCGGAGGACAAGUUGUGCUGCGGUCACUCUCCAAGGGGGCUUCCACGCGAUGACGGCUAUCUGGGCGGCUGAUAAAUCGCACAUCAUCAUGGCGUUAUCUGCAGGGUGCGAAGGCUAGCUCGCUGCCCCUGCGCGCGGCUCCCCCGGUUCGCCAGCCCUGCUCCUCGUGGACGCCCACCGGCUCGCGAUCUGCAUGACCGCUCGUCCACGCCGCCUGUCCCGAGCCACCGCACACCCAGCGAAGGCGAGAUAAUCCCCCCCCCCCCCGCGGCAGGCGUCGAUCCCAUGGCGGAGUUGGGAGAGGAGCGCGUCGGCGCGUCUCCGUCAGGCGCCGGGAGGAAAGGCGCCGUGCCCGCGCCCGAGGGUGGCGCGCCGUGCGGGGACACGAGGCUCGAGAACGCGGUGUCUAACGGGGACUGUGGGGCGCCGGAGCCGGUCGGACCCGGAUCCCCGAAACCCGACAGCCCGGGAGUGGAGAUGGACGGCAGCGGCGCAGGUGUGGGAGUGGACCCCAAGUCGGGAAUACCGCGGAGGAGCAGUAUAAUUAAGGAUGGCUCACGGCAACGCAGGGAGAGGAAAAAAACGGUCUCAUUCAGCAGCAUGCCAGCAGAGAAGAAGAUCAGCAGUGCGAGCGACUGCAUCAAUGCCAUGGUGGAAGGUUCAGAGCUGAAGAAGGUGCGCUCCAACUCCCGAGUCUACCACCGAUACUUCCUCCUGGAGGCUGAUAUGCAGUCCCUCCGAUGGGAACCAUCUAAGAAGGAGUCAGAGAAGGCUAAGAUUGACGUGAAAUCAAUCAAAGAGGUACGGACAGGAAAGAACACAGACAUCUUCCGAGCCAAUGGCGUUUAUGAUCAAAUAUCAGAAGACUGUGCAUUCUCAAUAAUAUAUGGGGAGAACUAUGAGUCCCUAGACUUGGUGGCAAACUCUGCAGACGUAGCAAAUAUUUGGGUUACGGGUCUUAGGUAUAUGAUUUCUUAUGGGAAGCAUACCCUGGACAUGAUUGAGAGCAGCCAGGACAAUCUCCGCUCCUCCUGGCUCUCUGACAUCUUCUCUGCUGCUGAUGUUAAUGGUAACAAACAGAUAAGUCUGAGCGCAGCCACAGACUUGAUCAAAAGUAUCAAUCCCGGUGUUAAAAAUGUCAAAAUUGAGUUGAAGUUCAAGGAAUUCCACAAAGCCAAAGAGAAAAUUGGGGGUGAUGUCACUAAGGAGGAGUUCAUUGAAGUUUUUCACGACCUCUGCACCAGACCAGAGAUUUACUUCCUGCUAGUCCAGUUUUCCAGCAACAAAGAGUUUUUGGACACCAAAGACCUGAUGAGGUUUCUAGAGGCAGAGCAAGGCAUGGUGGAAGUAAACGAAGACACCAGUCUGGCUGUAAUAAUGAAGUAUGAGCCCUCAAAGGAGGGCCGGCUCCGGGGCUGGCUCUCUCUCGAUGGUUUCACCACUUACCUUAUGUCACCAGAAUGCCACAUAUUUGACCCGGAACAGAAGAAAGUGUGCCAGGACAUGACCCAACCUCUUUCUCACUAUUACAUCAACUCCUCCCACAACACCUACCUUAUCGAGGACCAGUUUCGCGGUCCCUCUGAUAUCACGGGGUACAUUCGGGCUCUCAAGAUGGGCUGUCGGUGUGUGGAGCUUGACGUGUGGGAUGGACCAGACAAUGAGCCCGUCAUCUACACAGGACAUACAAUGACAUCUCAGAUUGUCUUCCGAAGCGUCAUCGACGUAAUCAACAGGUAUGCUUUUGCUGCAUCUGAAUUCCCCCUCAUUCUCUGCUUGGAAAACCACUGUUCCAUAAAGCAGCAGAAGGUCAUGUUCCAGCACCUGAAAAAAAUCCUGGGAGAUAAAAUACACACUGAUCCUCUUAAGAUGGAUGAGAGCUACUUGCCUUCACCAGUUGAUCUGAAAGGAAAGAUUUUGCUGAAAGGUAAGAAGUUGGGGCCAAACUGCACAAGUGCUGAGGGUGAUGUGACAGAUGAAGAUGAAGGGGCGGAGAUGUCGCAGAGGAUGAACGGUGAUGAGGGAGACCAGCAAAAUGUUGCACCAACUAAAAGGUUCCAGCUUUCAAAAGAUCUGUCUGACCUGGUGACGCUGUGCAAAUCUGUUGCUUUUAAGGAUUUCCAGGCUGCUUUCCAGAGUCAAAAGUACUGGGAGUUCUGCUCGUUUAGCGAGGCCUUUGCCAAUCGCUGCACCACCGAUCAUCCUGGUGACUUUGUUAACUAUAACAAGAAGUUCUUGGCUCGGGUUUACCCCAGCCCCAUGCGCAUUGAUUCAAGUAACAUGAAUCCCCAGGACUUCUGGAAGUGUGGCUGCCAGAUUGUUGCCAUGAACUUCCAGACCCCAGGGCUGAUGAUGGAUUUGAACAUUGGCUGGUUCCGGCAGAAUGGGAACUGCGGAUACGUGCUGCGUCCUGCCAUCAUGAGGGAAGAGGUGUCAUAUUUCAGUGCCAACACAAAAGACUCUGUGCCAGGUGUGUCCCCUCAACUUCUCCACAUCAAGAUAAUCAGUGGACUAAACCUCCCCAAACCCAAAGGUUCUGGAGCCAAGGGGGAUGUUGUUGACCCCUACGUCUAUGUGGAAAUUCAUGGUAUUCCAGCCGAUUGUGCUGAGCAGCGGACUAAAACUGUCAAUCAGAAUGGGGAAAAUCCCAUUUUUGAUGAGAGCUUUGAAUUUCAGAUUAACCUGCCGGAGCUUGCAAUGGUGCGUUUUGUAGUGCUGGACGAUGACUUCAUCGGGGAUGAGUUUAUCGGGCAGUACACCAUCCCCUUUGAAUGCCUGCAGACGGGCUUCAGGCAUGUUCCCUUGCAGUCGUUGACUGGAGACCUGCUGCCCCACACCUGGCUCUUUGUGCACGUGGCCAUCACCAACCGGCGGGGCGGGGGGAAGCCACACAAGCGAGGGCUUUCGGUGCGAAAGGCCAAGCGUAGUCGAGAGUACGUCACAAUGAGGUUACUGGUCAUCAAGGCUGUGGACGAAGUCUUCAAGGCGGCCUCACAGCCCCUGAGGGAGGCCACAGACCUCCGAGAAAACAUGCAGAGUGCCAUAGUGCCCUUUAAGGAGCUGUGUGGCCUGCCUGCAGUAGCCAACCUCAUGCAGUGUGUCCUGGCCCUGUCAGCAUGCCUCACUGGGGCAGAUGGCAACCCCCUCCUGGUGUUCAACCUCAGCGACCAGUACCCCACCAUGGAGCCUCAGGGCCUGCUUCCAGAGGUGCUCAAGAAAGUUGUUUCUUCCUACGAUGCGAUGCUCCAGACCAGCAGGGCCCUGAUCGAGAGUGCUGACGGUGUCUAUGAAAGGAUUCUGCAGAUGCAGAAAACAGCAAUGGAGUUCCAUGAGAAGCUACCUGCUCUGGGGGCCAAAGAGGGGCUAAAGGGCAGAAAGCUGGUCAGGGCCCUGGAGAGCUUCACCUGGAACAUCACCAUCCUCAAGGGCCAAGCAGACCUGCUGAAACACGCCAAGAACGAGGCCAUGGAGAACCUGAAGCAGAUCCAGAUCGCGGCCAUCACCAGUAACCUGUACAAGGGCAGGGUGCCAGGUGCGAGCGGGGAGAGGAGCAAGCCCCGGCGCAGUCUGGAGGCCAUCCCCGAGAAAGCAACCAUGGACGAUGACGACCUGUCUGAGGAGAACUGAGGGCUCGGCUCUCCCGCUAACCUACCCCACCCAUCCCAUCCCUACUCCCGCAAAGUUCCCGCCGCGCUGUAGGGCUUUUCCGGGAUCCCUCGGGUCCGACCGGACCCAGGCGGUGGCGCACUUAGGAACGGAGCCCCGCGUGAACCCAGCAAGGCUGCCUUCGAUCUGCUCAGGAGGACUUUCAAAGCACAAGUGUAGGUCAGGUAGCAGAAACUGAAUGUAGCGGGAAGUACAGAAGCUGUGAGGAAAAGAGUGGCGGAGGUACCAGGAGCAGGCUGCUCCCACAACACACGCGCAUCGGAGUGGUGUCCAAACACCUGGCAGCAUUUGAGCGCUGGAGUAUCUCUAUGUGCAAUGUCUUUCUUUUUUUUUGGAAGGGGAGGGGGGCCAAGGCCCUUGUUCUCGAUAUUAUUUAUGGAAGCUUUCCCAGACUGCUACAGAGAUGCCUUGCCUGAUGGGGCUGCAGUCCCCGGCGUCCAGGGGCCUCAGCAUUUGAGCCACAGCAGCAGCUGCUUCCGAAACCAAAACAAGCAAAAAGAAAAGAAAAAAAAAAGGAAAAAAAAAAAAAAAAGCGGUGAAAGAAUGAAGUGGUUGCUGUAUCUUUGUGAACUGUGGUUUCAUGUGAUGAUUCCAACUUACUGAAUUCUUGUUUCAGAACCAUUCCGGGGCAAAAAAGAAACCACCACUGGGUCCACUGAUGGAUACAGUUAAUAAUAAUAGUGCCUCAUCACUGCCAUUAAUGUUCUGCAACCCAGAGUAGACAGGACUUGUGUGUGUUGUGUCCUCACAAGUCUUACACUGGGUUUUACACCUCCAGUGUACUGUGUUCCACAACUUGGGAUGUUUUUAGGACACACGGUUUAAUCCCAGUAUCAGCCGAGUCUCUCAAAACUUUUCUCUGCUGUUGAAUUUUUUUUUUUUUUUAUUAAAUGUUAAAUUGUCCCCACCUCCGCUAGGCCGGUUACUGCCACUUUCAAAUGUACUUUUAUGCAUAUUGUAGAAUGUGUGAUUUUACAAUACACUGCAUUUUGACAGUUCUAUUUUAUAUUUUUAUUUAAUGUUUUGUAGAAGUCCUGUUGAAAUUCCAUCCACACUGGGAUCCAUGAUUAACCAGUGUUUUAAAGUUGAUCCAGGUUAUAAUGCAGUGAUUUUCUAUCGGAGCAGUUUUGUGGACGUGGGUGUACCUGUAACUCCCGUGAACCCUUUACACCCCUUUUUUCAGGCCAGCUUUCAUGCUGAUCUAUACACUGUCUCCUAUGAACCAACGGGCAAAUAAAUCAGUUCUUUCACGUA